GUUGACUAUAUUUGUCUUUAAACCCUUUUCGUUGGCUUUGCUUCACUAGGUUUCUUCGCGACCAUGGCUGCUGGAUUGAUCGCAUCGGGAUUGAAGCCUUCGAGCAACCAAGUUGCUGGCCAUUCUUUUGAAGAGGGGCAUGUCGGCUCGCUCGUCGAUGAUUCGGGCUGGUUCUACAAGCCGCUGCAAGACGGUGCCAGAGGGGAGUACGAGAUUGAGUUCUACCAAAAGUUUUGGUCGGACGAGCGAGUUCCAGACGAGAUCAAGGAGUUCUUCCCAAAGUUCCGCGGCUCCGUCCUCGUUGACACUGCAAACUCGCCCACGCCAACAAGGUAUGCCGUGCUAGAGGACGUGACCAAGAGCUUCGACCAGCCUUGCAUUAUCGAUAUCAAGAUGGGAUUCCAGACGUGGUACCCGGAGGCUGGUGAAGCCUAUAGAAAGAAAUGCGAGAUAAAAGACCGCGAGUCCACAACAGGAACUUUGGGAAUUCGCGUCAGUGGGAUGCAGGUCUAUGAUCCAUCAACUCGCUCCAAAUGGAAGGCCGAUCGCAACUGGUGCCGGAAGCUCGACAACCACGGCGUAGAGUACGCCAUCCGUCGCUUUGUUUCGACAAAUCCAUUCGAUGACGAGAAUCCAAACGCACUCUUGGCUUCCAAAGUUUAUGAAGCCGCCAAGAUGGAGCUCGAGAAGCUCACAAGCUGGUUUGAGAAGCAGACGUUCUAUCACUUCUUUUCGAGCUCCGUGCUGAUAAUCUACGAGGACCAUGGAGCAGCAUCGAAAGUCAGUGUCAAGCUUGUAGACUUCGCCCACGUUACAUACGAUCACGAUACCAUCGACGAGAACUACCUCGCAGCCUUGAAGUCCCUGACGAGAGUUUUAUCCAUGUCACCGUGACGAUGACUCCAUACUUUUCAGUCGAAUCGUUCGCUCAAA